AUGGCUCCUACUUACCUGCCUUCUUUUAAUUACAACAAACUUUCCAACAAGGAAAAACAUAAAUUGAGAAAACCAGUGGUGGAGAAAAUGCGCAGAGAUCGCAUUAACAACUGCAUUGAGCAGCUCAAAGUCAUGCUGGAAAAGGAGUUCCACCAACAAGACCCCAACACCAAGCUGGAGAAAGCUGACAUUCUGGAGAUGACAGUUGUCUUCCUGAAGCAGCAGCUGCAAGCCCAGAUCUCAGCACCUCAGAAAUCUCACUUUGAUGGCUAUUCUCAGUGCUGGAAAGGAACCAUUGACUUCCUUUCUGCCAACAACAAACUGGAUGCCACACUUCAGCAGCUUAAUCACUGCCAAGAAUCCCAGAGAUCUCCCAAAGAACUAUGUGUUUCUCCUUCACGUACCGCCCAGAUCCAACAGGUUCCAGUGAAGCAGGAGAUCAGCACACACAGUGCUGUGUGGAGGCCUUGGUAGAGACCCUGAGACUCUUGU